AUGUGGAUUGCUGUUAGCAAGUCCUAUAUAAACAUAGGGUCGAGACAGAUGAUCUGUGAAUUGUCAAAAACUACUUUAAACCUUCAACUGUUACAGCUGAACUGCCAUUUUACUUGGAAAUUAACUGAAAAAGUAAGUGAAGAUGAUGAGAUAGAAGAAAGACUGUCCAAUCAGCUGGAAUUUUUAACUACAAAAAAUAAAUAUAUGGUUCACAAUCUGUUAAGUUAUAUAAAACAUUUGAAAGGUGAUUACCCAGAAGCCAUUUCUCAUUUAGAAAAAGCUGAAGAGAUGAUUUCUGAAUCAUAUACAGAUAACACAAACAGUAAAUACCUUGUGACCUAUGCUAACUAUGCUUGGGUCUACUAUAUGAUGGAAGACUAUGAAAAAUCAAACAUCUACUUAGAGAAGGUGAAAAGUAUUUAUAAAGAACAUCAACUUUCAUUGCACGAUAACAUUGAGUUCUCUGAGGUAUAUGGUGAACAGGGAUGGUCUCUGCUGAUAAUUUCUGUAAAGAAUUAUGAGAAAGCUAAAGAAUGCUUUAAGAAGGCUCUUGAGACUGAACCAGAUGACCCUGAGUGGAACACAGGCUAUGCAACCGCAGUGUAUCGUAUGGAGGUUAUUGAUUGCAGACAAAAUCCAGACACCAACCAUGAGUCUUUACCAUUGUUGAAACGAGCUGUAGAACUAAAUCCCAAGGAUUCUGUGGUGAAGGCACUUCUUGGCUUGAAACUUCAGGAGUUAAAGCAAAACAAGGAGGCAAGAAAGUACAUUGAAGAAGCUCUUGAGCAAACGCCAAAUCUCCCAUAUUUACUUCGAUAUGCUGCUAAAUUUUAUAGGAAGGAAGGAUUGAUUGACGAAGCUCUUUGUGUUUUGGAGAAAGCAGUAAAAUGUAUCCCUAAUUCUUCAUUUCUUCACCAUCAAAUAGGAUUGUGCUACAGGCAAAAAACGAUCCAAUUGAAAAAGACACAAAGACAUUAUGACGUUUCCAAUGAUGAGGCAAUAAACAGACUUAUAAAAAAUGCCAUAUUUCAUUUUGAAAUGGUCUUAAAACAUAGAAAAUAUUUUGUACAUGCAUACACUGAUUUAGCAAAUAUGUAUAUAGAAGCAAAAGAAUACGGCAAAGCAGAAGAAACAUUCCAAAAAGCUUUCAACAUUGAUAAUCUUACAGCAGAAGAAAAGCAGUCAAUACAUUUCAGUUAUGGGCGGUUUCAAGAAUAUGGCAGAAAAUCAGAAGCUGAUGCUAUAAAACAUUAUAAAGAAGGGCUAAAAAUACCAGAAAAUACAAUCGCGCGACAACAGUGUGAAAAUGCUUUGAAAAGGUUAGCAAACCGAAUGGUAAAAACAGACGCCAGCAAUGCGUAUGGAUUUAGUUUGCUCGGUUUCAUUUAUAAGCUCAAUCAAAAUAAGUUGGAUGCAAUUGAAUGUUAUGAGAAAGCGUUGAAGUCUGACCCAAAUAACGAAGAAUAUCUGAGUGAGCUCUGUGACCUGAAACUUAAUGUAGGUUAGAAAUACCUAGAUUAUCACAGAAGACAAAAACAAUAAAAAACAUCAAGUCCACCAUUGUUAUACACUUCUAAAUAUGCCUCUUCCUGCUUAUUAUUCUAUGUCACAUUUACCUAGAAACUAGCAGCUUCUCAAACAGUAUGUUUAUAGUAUUUAUUUACAUUGGGUCAGUACAUUUUAAUCAACACAUUCUUAUUUGUGUGUUUUUUUUCUAUUCAAUGACAUUAACAUAAUAUUUUAAAUAGAGGACAAUGGGUUAAAUACAUAGUUAAAGGGACUGUAAAGGCAAUAUUAAAUGUCCAUGAUUCAGAUAUUUUAGCUGCUCUCUGUCUGUUAAAAAUGAUAUACAAAGUAACUAACAAAUAUCUUAGGUUUGUUUAAAAGGGAAGGAUGGAAAGAUGAGGAUAAUUGUGGAUGUACUGAGGUCACGACUAAUAUAUAUCAAGUGCUUAAUUAUGCACUACUGCACAGUAUUCAUUAAUUUUCAGGCAGAGAUGUGUUUUUAAAUUCUGUGGGGCAGCAGAUUAUCAUUCUUUUUUUGUCUUCUUUUUAGACUAAUGAUAUUAAACGUUUAAGGAAUAUGAAACCCAAA